AUGCGCGCUUCUGAGAUUCAGGGCCGCGGAUGCAUUUUGACUUGCGUGGGGCGUGCGUGCGCGGUGCAGGCGGGGCCGUUCGGCAACAUGGCGAAUCUGUUCGAGACGGUGCGCAAGGCGCAGCAGGUGGUGCAGGUGGAGGCCGUCAAGGUGCAGAAGGAACUCGCCGCGGCUGAGUUCGACGGCUACUGCGAAGACGAGCUCGUGAAGGUGACGCUGACUGGCAACCAGGAGCCAUGCCGGUGUGAAAUCACCGAUGCUGCUAUGGAGAUCGGGGCAGAGAAGCUGGGCGAGCUGAUCACAGAGGCAUACAAGGACGCCCAUCAGAAGAGUGUCACGGCGUAUUCUAACUUCAAAGAGAUCCUCAAGGCGUUGCGCAAUCCCGAAACCCAAGCCGCCGCGAGAAGGUUCCUGGCGGCGCUGGAGGCGGCGAUGCCAGCGGAGCCCGCGGAGGAGGUGAUGCGCACCUUCAACUUCCGCAUCCACACGCUCGCGCUCUCCCCGCUCCCCCACUCCGACCACGACCCUGCAGGGACACAUCAAAACGGAGCUGCUGGCGCCGCCAGCACCAAUGGCAAUGGAGCCGCAGGGGAGAGCACAAGCAGCAGUGCAGGAGGAGCGCGGCAGACGCUAGCGCUGGUGGAGCUGCCGUCCAUCUUCAUCCCCGAGGACUGGUCCUUCACCUUCUACGAGGGCCUCACCCGCCACCCCGACGCCGGGUUCACGGGCCGCGAUGUCGCCGAGCUGGGGUGCGGCAACGGGUGGAUCUCCAUCGCCCUCGCGCACCGCUGGGCGCCCAGGAAGGUGUACGGGUUGGACAUCAACCCGCGGGCGGUGCAGGUGGCGUGGAUAAACCUGUACCUCAACGCGCUCUCGCCAGUGGACGGGCUGCCCGUGAGGGACAGCGAGGGCCUGUCGCUGCUGGACCGCUGCGAGUUCCUCGAAUCCGACCUGCUGGGGGCGCUCUCUCAGCGCGGGGUCACUCUCGACCGCAUCGUCGGCUGCAUCCCGCAGGUGCUGACGCCCGACCCCAAGGCGGCGCUGAAGAUAGUAUCGGAGACGAUGAGUGAGGAGUUUCUCUACUCGCUCUCCAACUACUGCAGCCUGCAGGGGUACGUCGAGGACCAGUUCGGCCUCGGCCUCAUUGCGCGUGCUGUCGAGGAGAGCAUCGCCGCCCUCAAGCCGGCAGGCGCGCUGCUGAUGAACAUGGGCGGCCGCCCCGGCAUGGCCGUGUGCGAGCGCCUGUUCCGGCGCCGCGGGUUUGAGAUCCAGAAGCUGUGGCAGACGCGGGUGUUCCAGGCGGCGGACACGGACAUUCAGGCGCUGGUGGAGAUCGAGAGGCAGAGCCGCCACCGCUUUGAGUUCUUCAUGGGGCUCGGCAUGGGGGCCGCUACCACGGGUGAUGAGCCUAUCAGUGCGCGGACGGCGUAUGCGUUUGCCAAGGCGGGUGGGAGGAUUGCGCACGGGCUCACGGUGUUUGAGUGCCGCCUGCGCCAGCCCAACCACGUGAAGGAGCUGUUCCGGUGGCUGGCGCGCCCGGAGUACGCAGCAACGCGCAGUGCAGUGGACCUCGCAUUCACCUCCACCGCCGUGGCGGACGAGAAGACGCCCUUCCUCGCCACGCUGCUGCGCACGCUGCACCACGCCUCCCUCGCCCCCGCGCCCUCUGCCUCCCUGACCCCCUCGCCCCCCGCGCUGUGCCCGUCGGACGAGCCCCCUGCGGGCACGCUGCGCUUCCGCUCCCAGGUCGCCGGCUUCCUCCGCCUCUACUUCCGCGCCCCCCUCUCCGCCCAGAACGUGGUGGUGCUGCCCACGAGGGCCACAGCAGUGGAGAACAUUCUGCGCCUCUACCUGCCCGGCCUCGCCCUCGUUGACGCCUCCCUCACUCGCCACCUCCCCCCCUCCUGGCUCGCCUCUGCCCCGCCUGAUGGCCCGCCCUCAGAUGCCGCCACUCACGCUCAGUCCACCCCAGUGGUGCUGGAGGCUCCCAGGCGCAGCGACCUGCUGCUGAAGCUGCUGCGCGCGCUGCGCCCGGCAGUGCUCAUCGCAGCACUCCCCGACUUUGAGAUGCGCUCGCCCACGGCGGUGCACCUGCUGCUGGCGGCCGCGGCGGAGACGCACACGUGCGUCUUCUUCGACAUCUCCGACCACCUCGAGCUCUCCAGUGUGCCGCCCAGCAACGGCGUGCUACAGUACCUGGCGGAGCAGGCGCUGCCGCCCCACGCGGGGGUGAUCUGCGGGCUGGUGCGCAACCAGGUGUACAGCGACCUCGAGGUGGCCUUCGUGCUGGCGGAGUCGCGGCCGCUGCUGGCGUGGCUGGCGGGCAUGGGCGAGCUGACGUACUUCAGAGUGGCGCGCAUGAAGCAGCUCUACUACGGCUGCCUGCUCGAUGAGCUCCUCUCCUUCCAGAUCCCCGACCGCCACACUGUUGCCGAGCGGCCACUGCAGGACGACCCGCCGUCGUCGCCCUUCAUCUCCAUCCACCCCAACGCCGCGCGCGCCUUCAACCACCCCACCCUGCGCACCCUCUCCCUCACCCACGCCCUCCCCUCGCCCUCCCCCUCCUCCACCUCCGCCACCACCGGCAGCGCAGCAGCAGCAGCGCAGACAGGGGCGGGCCCCACGGUGCGCAUGGACGUGGGGUCGGGAGCGCUGCCAGCGCCAUCAGUGGUGCAGCCGCUCGUGGUGGAGGCGUUCGUGCGGCAACACCUCAGUGACGCCGAGACCGACCCCCGUGCUGAGAUCCUGCACUUGCUGCACCGUGAGUUUGGGGUGAGGGCGGAGGGCACCACGGUGGUGACAGGGGACGGGUCGCGGGUGCUGUUUGUGCGCCUCAUGGCGGCCUGUGCUGCCGAGGGCGGCACGGCAGUGUUCCCAGCGGGCUCGUACGGCACGUGUCUGGCGGCGGCACGCCUGUGUGGCUGCCAGGUCAACGUGCUGCCCGUCACCUCUGCCGAAGCGCGCUUCACACUCACUGCAGACCAGCUGGAGGCAGCGCUAGCAGGGGUGGCGAGGCCGUGGCUGGUGCUGUCAGCGCCGGUGGUGAACCCCACGGGGGCGCUCUACUCGCCCGCCCACCUGGCCUCGCUGCUGGCCGUGUGCAUGCGCGUGGGCACGCGGAUCAUCCUCGACUCCGCCUUCCACUCCCUCACCUUCCACCCUCAAUCCCACCUGCUCCUCGAACCCUACCUGGGCCGCACGGGGGAUGACGUGGAUGGGGAGGGAGAGGGAGAGGGAGAGCAGAGGGAGAAAGCACACGAGCACUAUGCGCUGGUGCUCAUGGGGGACCUGUCGCCUCAGCUGUCCACGCUGGGCAUCCAGUUUGCCUACGUGGCAUUCUGGGAUUCGUCCUUCAAGGAGGCCCUCAGCACCGCGGUGCCACCUCAUCGCACACUGCGCUUUGCUGUCAAGCGGAUGCUAUCCACCGAGGUGGCGGCUGAGCUGGCAGGGGAGAUGGCAGUACGGCGCGAGCAGCUGCAGCAGAGGGCGGACCAGCUCUGCCAGGUUCUGUCAAGCUGUGGUUGGGACCCCAUUCGUCCAGAGGGGGGAAUAUUCCUGGUUGCACGCCCUACAGCUUACGAGGGCAAGCAGUUCACAUACCAGCCGCCAUCAACCAACGGCGACCAAGAGCCUCAGCCUAUCACAGUCACCCUCGAUAGUGUCAAUAUAUCCGAGGCUUUGUUCUCAUCGACGGGGCUGAUGAUCAACAACAGCGACUGGACGAGCAUUCCCGGCUACUGCCGCUUCGUGCUGCUCCUCGACGACCACCGCUUCACCCUCGCCCUGCAGUGCCUGGACAAGUUCCACAAGCUGGUGAUGGCCGGCGGCAGUGGCAGCGCGUGCGCGCAACGGUUGGACACGCCGAGCAACGUGAUGGGCGCAGUGCUGCUGAGCGCGAGCAUAUUUGGGCUGAUCGGCGCGCUGGCGCACGAGGGGUGCCUUGAAUUCCUCUUCCUCUGCUGCUCCGCCGCCCUCACCCUCGCGCUCUUGGCCUACUCAGCAUUCGCCCUGGCAGUAACAGCGCCGUCCCCCAGCGCCAUGGUGGGCGCGGCAGGGCAGGCGGUGUACGGCGUGGCGGGCUUCUCGCCGUGGCUGCAGCAGCUGGUGGCGCAGCCUGAGGCGUUGGAGGCCAUGCGCACAUGCCUGGUGUCCAACAGCUCCUGCCCUGCCCUGCCACCUCCUUGGGGAGAUGCUGGGGAGGCGAUGACAGGGAUACACAAUAGCAGCAGCAACAGCAGCAGUAUUGCAGCUGCAUCAGGUGGCUCUGGCGUGAAGAACCCAUCAGUCAUCCAGAGCGGCUGCUGCUUCCCCCCCGCCCCGUGCAGCACAAACACAGCUCUCUCCACGGCACCUAUCCCGUCACCUGCCCCAUCACCUGCGCCAUCAGUCACCCUCUCACCAGCAGCACCAGCAGCACCACCUGCACCCUCCGUGGCAAAGUCAUCGCACGCUGACAACCAUUUGCAACCAACCAUCCUGGCCACUGCUGUUCACGCCAAUUCCACAGCCUUCUCGGAUUGCACCAGCGCUGACCCAGGUGGUGCUGUGAGGUGUUUCAGCUGUGACACGUGCAAGGCAGCGCUCCUCAAGGUGGUGAGGGACGACCUCUCAUUGGCUGGCUGCGAAUCAGGCACGAGCAAAGGACGGACGGUCACGAUGAGGACGGAGAAGCUACUGACGGCGAUCGCCAACACGCUCAUCCUAUGCCUCGCGCUCGCCCUCAUCGGCGUGUCGCUCUACACCACGUGGAGCUCGCCGCCCAGCACGUGCCUGAUCAUGUACCAGACGCCGCUGAUGGCGAUCGGCGCGGCGCUGUUCAUCGGCGCGCUGGUGGGGCUGCUGGCGCUGGUGUGCGACAACGCGGGCCUCGUGUGCAUGCAGCUCGCCGUCUCCUUCACCGCCAUGUGGGCCCUCCUCGCCUUCGCCAUAUUCGCGCUGGUGGUGACGGGGCCGGGCGGCGCAUCAACGGAGAAGAGCCGCGGGUUCACGGUGUUCGAGCCGGCGCAGUUCAGCGCGUGGAUGCAGCAGCAGGUCGCGGGGGACCGCUGGGCUCCGCUCGCCUCGUGCCUCAGCGGCGCGCGCACGUGCGGAGACGUGCGGAACUACAUCGGGCGCAACCUCAAGAAAGCGCAGCUCUCCCCGCUCGAGGCGGGGUGCUGUCUACCCCCCCAGGGCUGUGUGCUGGGCGGGCUGAACAUGUCAGCGCCCGUGUACUACUCCUUCGCCUUCGACCUCCCCACCAUGCCCAAGCUGCCCCUCCCCUCCGCCGACGCCGCACCCGCCGUGCAGCGCAGCACGAGCAACUGCAGCGGGUUCAGUGCGGAGCCGACCCAGCUGUGCUACAGCUGCCCGUACUGCCAGGGCGGGCUGCUCACGCUGCUGCGUGACAACCUGCGCAUGGAGGCCUUUGUGGCGCUCGGCGUGUUCAUCGCCGUGUUCAUGCUGCUGCUCAUCGCCUGCUUCGCUUACUGCGGCGCGCGCCCCGACGACGACGAGGAGACGGGCAAGGGCAAGAAGACGGAGAUCAGCCUGGCCAGGCAGCAGACGUUUGUGAUUGCCGAUCAGCCGGCAGCGCAGCUGCUGUCCGUGCCGACCUUCCAGCGCACCCUCACCAUGGGGGACGGUGGUGGCGGGCCUGCGUUCACCCGCAGUACGACCAUGUGUGACAACAGCGGUGGUGGCGCUGCCGCUGCGGCGGCGUCGAAUGCGCAGUUGUCGCGCACGCUGACACGCAUCGAGCAGGCUCUGGGGGCGGACCUACAGCAGUUCAAACGCACCAACACCAUGGCUGGUGGUGGCGGGGGGUCGGAGCAAAGGGAAUUCAACCGCACACGCACGUUCCAGUCGAGUGCAGAUGGGUACGCGGAUGGAGGGGUCGGGAGGGAUGCAGAGGGGCAGAAGGGGCGGCUGCUGGGGAGAAUAAACACGCUGGAGUCGUCAAAGGGGUCGAGAGGAGGCGAGCAUGGCACUCACCGCAGCAACACGUCCAGGCGGGGUGAGGGGGGGUCGAGAGAGAAGCUUUCACAGAGUGGGAGGGGCAGACACCGGGACUAUGAUGAGGAGAGUGCGAGGGACUCGGAUUACAUGUCAGAGGAAGAAGAGUACUACGAGGAUGAGGAUGAUGUGGAGGAUGUUGACCUAAUUGUCGAACUCGCUGAUUUUGGGGAGCGAGCGGCUCGAGGUCGGGAUGUUGUGGACGCUGGGAGUAUGCAUGAUGCAGCAGCUGCCGACACAAGCGCUGCGUACUGGAGAGCCGCAGCUGCAGCCGCUGCUGCCGCGGCUGCAGCGUCGUACCUUCCGCAUGGACACGGCAACGCGCACGUGGCGUCUCAGGGACCCGGUGGUGUGGGAAUGACCAUGCAUGCGCCCAAUUUCCUCAUGCCACAAGCUUCCGCCGGUCACAUCCGGUCGCCUGCCCCGAACGCUAUCGCUGCGGGGACCAUGGCUGGCCUCGCCUUCUCCUCCUCCGCUGCCGCCGCCACCGCUGCUGCGUCCGCUGGCGCGGCGAUGAUGCAGAACUCGUUGUCGAUGCACGCGCGCUUCUUCCCGUCUCUCCACCCGCACGCGGGCCUGACGCAGCACCACCAGCUGCACCAACUGCAGGCGGGGAUUCCAGGCAUGGCGACACCGCAGGUGGUGCUGGGCGCGCACUCGCAGGCAUCCCUGCCGCACAUGGGGCUGCUUCCCGCCCAGCAGAUGGCCAUGCACGGGCAGCCCGGCAUGCUUCCUGGCCUGCCGCUCGCCUCCGACCCCAACUAUCUCGCGGCGCACCACCUGGCCCAACAGCAACAGCAGCAGCAACUGCAGCUGCAACACGAGCAGCAGCAACAACAACAGCAAGUCGCGGUCCUGACUCCCGUUCCGCCUCCUCCUUCGGUUUUACUGGGCGGUGCGCACAAGGCGCACAUGCAGGAGACGCAGAUCCAGAAGCAGCACGAAGCCCUUCCAGCACAGCUGCAGCAGGUGCAGGGGUCGCAGCAACAAGAGCAACAAGCAGGCGACGCCACCAAGGGCCCAACAAACGGAGAGUGGGGGGGCAACGACGGCGACCUCGCAACCAAGGUGCGGAAGCCGUACACGAUAACGAAGCAGAGGGAGCGGUGGACGGAGGACGAGCACAACAAGUUCCUGGAAGCCCUCAAGCUCUACGGCCGCGCGUGGCGCCGCAUCGAAGAGCACAUCGGCAGCAAGACAGCCGUGCAGAUCCGCAGUCACGCGCAAAAGUUCUUCACCAAGUUGGAGCGCGACGGCACCUCCGCCGCCACGUCGCAGAUGGACAUCGAGAUCCCCCCGCCGCGCCCCAAGCGCAAGCCCGCGCACCCGUACCCGCGGAAGGCGGGCUCCGCCAGCAGCUCCCAGCCGCAGGCGCCACAGCGGCAGAACAGCCAGCACAGCCUCUCCAAGGCGCUGCAGCAGCCCGCUCCGGCUCUGCUCCCCCCUCCUCCCCCUCCUAAGGCUCUGCUCCCCUGCAUGAAGCAGCUCCAGCUGCCACACCCGCCACCGCCGCCGCCUCAACCAAAGCAACGUGUGCAGCCGAACCAAGCGGCAGCAGCGCAGCAGCAGGCGGUCGCGAGAGAGAAGGGUAAACACAAGGUCCGGCAGGCAACCUCCCAGCAGCGCGCAGAGGCAGAGGAAUCAGAGCCGCAGCAGCAGCGGUCGAGCAGGCAGGUGUCGCAGGGGCUGAGCUCGCAGCGCACGCAGUCGCAGACGUCGCGAUCGGCGCUGCCCGUGUCGUCCGACCAGUCGUGCGGCAACCAGCGCGCCGACGACGGACAGGAGUCCAAGUACGUCUUCUCCGCCCCCCCCGCCGCCGCCGCCGCUGCCGCACCGCACAGCAACGCCAAGGCGGAGGCCUGUGCGCAGCCGCCCGUUUUCACCUCCCCCUCGCCGCUCGCCUCUCAGCGCGACGCUGCUCGUGGCGACGCGUGCGUGUCGCCGUACUCGUCGCCGCCAACGGAGGGCAACAGCGGCGCGCGGCAGUCGCCGGACCAGCGCAGCACGCUGAAGCUGUUCGGCAAGACGCUCGCCACUCCCCCCGCCAUGCCACCCCCUCCCCCACCCCCAGCUGUGCCGUCCGCACCCCUGCCUCCCUCCGCUCCCCGAAGCAUCAACCCUCUUGCCAGCGCGUCCGGUGCCGCUGCCGCCUCCAUGUCGCCCGACGGCAGCCCUGCGCGCUCGCCGCCGCUCCACCCGCCGCUGCUCUCCCUUGCAACACCCCCCCCGGAUGUUGCUCCGCCCUCUGGCGCGCAGCACUGGCGCUUCAAGCACUCGCCAGGUGAAGGCGGCGCAACCGACGCACAAAAGGCGGAGUGCAAGGAGGAGGAAGAAGAGGAGGAGGAGGAGAAGGAGGAGGAGUAUGAUGGGGAGGAGGAGGAGGAGGAGGAGGCGGACGAAGGACCGCCCAUGGUGACGCGGUCGUUGUCGCUUCCAGAGCCGCGAAGUGCCGCCGGCCUCGCGGAGGAGUCGCAGGGGCUGUGCCUCUCAGAAAGGCCGCACGCCGCGCCAGCGGCGCACGGCGAGCGGAUGGCGGAGGCAGGCGCACGAGGCCGCGCGGAGCAGCGGGGCAUAGCGGUAGCGCAGCGCGCGAUGCGGUCGUUGAGCGUGACGGGGCACGACGUGUCCACGUCAGCGUGCGGCAGCUUCUCUGAGCGCUCCGUGGUGCUCGAGUCGGGCCUCUCCGUCGAGCCCCUCCCCGCCGCCACGCCGCUGCCCCCGCCCGCGCCGCAGCGGGCGGACCGCGGCGGAGCAGCACCGCCAGCGGCAGCAGGCGCGCACCCGAUGACUCUGGGCGGUCCGCGCGAUGCUGCGCGCGCUGCUCCCGGCUCUGCUGCUGGCGCCUACGGCCACGCGCAGGGCGGCGAUGCAAUGCGCGCGGGAGCAGCCACGGGUGCUGACGCAGGCACGGGAGCGAGCCUGAGCGUGGCACAGGCGCCGUACAUGAACCAGCUGUUCGCGUUUCCUGCCGCCCCUGCCGCGCCCAACGCAGCAGCAGCCACAGCCGCAGCAGGCACGGUUGCCAUUGCGGGGCUCAGUCCGCCGGAGCUCGAGAAAGCGGCCAUUCCCGUAGAGGCUGGAGCGGAGGCAGGACGAGGAGAGGGGGAAGCGGCAGCGAGCGAGGCGAAUGAAGGGGCAGGCGUGGGUGCGGUGGAGGGUGGUGUGGCGAGUCCCACGCACGUGGCGUCCGCGUCGGGCGUGCACAUGGCGUCGCAGUGGUCGCCCUCCCUCAUGUCAUCCAUGGCCGGCCUCUCCAUGCUCAACGCUGCUGCUGCCGCCGCCGCCGCCUCCGCAGCCGGCGCCAACACUGCCGCCGCUCCCCAUCGCCCCCCCUUCGACUAUGGUGCCGCUGCCGCUGCCGCUGCCGCUGCAGCAGCUGCGUCAGCGCGUGGCUCCACCACUUUCCAGGAAGCAGCCGCGUCGGCUCAGAUGGCCGCAGCUGCCGCAAUGGGCCUGCAGUUUCCCGGUUGUUUCCUGCCGGGGAGCGAGGAGGCGGUGCAGCAGCAGCAGAUGCUGUUCCCGACGCCCUUCCCCUUCGUGGACUUCCACACGCCCGGCUUCCACCCCAUGCACCACCCGGGCUACCUGCUCUCGCCCUACCGCGCGCCCGUGCCACACCCGCACUCGGCGGCGGCGUUCCAGACGUUCGAUUCGUACCUUCGUAUCUAUGGUCCCGCCUUCGCCUCCAUGGGCGCCUCCUCCUUCGCCGCCUGGCACGCCCCGCGCCCGCAGCAGCAACAGCAGCAACAGCAACAGCAGCAGCAGCAACAACAACAGCAGCAAACGGGCCAUCCGCAGCUGUUAUCCGGUACUCACAGUGCUGCGGCUGCCGCCACAGCUGCUGCAUCCGCUGGUCUGUGGCCCAAUCUGCCCGGCAUGGCAGCAGGCCUGGCGCCGUUCCUCCCAGCUCCGGCAGCAGCAGGUGGAGCGGGCAGCCCUGCCAAGGCCAUUGAGGCAGGCGCGGCAGGCGCAGUUGCAGCUCCUGUCGCUGGGCCUCCACGGUUCGCCACCGCAGCUGCACCUGCAACAACACCUGCUGCCGGCAGCGCUGCCGCUGGAACGAGCGCUGCUGCUGCUGCUGGCGCGGUCGCCGCCAAUGGCGCCCCCGUGGAUGCGCAACUCUCAUCGCCGCCAGCGCCCCCGCGCACGCUGUCCGCGGGCGACGACCCCGCAGCAGCCGCCAUGGCCGUGACCAUGGCUGCGGCGUCCGCAUGGUGGGCGCUGCAGGGCUCCAUGCCGCCCGGCGUCUUCCUCCCCAUGUCGCCCGCGCAGGCCUUCCGCCCUCCAUUCAACAGCGCUCCCCCUCUCCCUGCUGGCGCCGCGGCCGCCGCUGCGAUGCAGAUUGGGUGGCCGGGUGCAGGGGAGGGGGAGGCAGGAGGGAACGGUGAAGGCGCGGGGACGGACGCGGCAGGUGCGGCUGGCGGUGGUCCUGGUGGUGCUGCUGGCGCUGCAGAGGCGGGCUUUGCCAAUGCCACAUUUGCAGCACCCGCGCAACAGCAACAGCAGCUGCAGGAGCAAGAGCAGCAGCAGUGUGAAAUGGGGGGAGCGGUGGAGACGGGUGAUGACGGCGGCGAGGGGUCGUCGGGCAAGGCGAUUCCCGAGGGCGCGCAGGGCAAGGCGGAGGCGAACGACACCGCGUACAGCGCGUCGCAGAGCCAGGGCGGCGACGACGCCCUCGGCGACAACGACGGCGACGAUGCGCGUGCGGACGAGGAGGAGGAAGAGGAAGAGGAGGAGGAGGUGGGCGGAGAGGCGGGCGAGGGGGAAGAAGAGGGGGGGUUUGUGGCGCUGGUGAGGAGCAGCGAGGUGGAGGGGCAGGAAGCGCUGCGCCUCAUGGCCAGCGAGCGAGAGGCGCUCGCCGCCAUGCUGCAAGGCGUCAACGCUGACGUGGAUGCUGAUGUGGAUGCUGACGUGGACGUUCAGGAGUCACAGCAGACGGUGGUGGGGUCGUCGGCGCCGACAGGAGCCAGCAAGGCGCUGGACUCGAGCAUGGGCGCGGAGCAGGGCGGCAGGCGGGCAUCGUGGCACGGGCAGGGGCAGGGGGACGCGCAGGCGGAGAGGGAGGCGGGCAAGGCGCGGAGUGCAGGGGAUGCGCGGCCGCUCGCGCACGGGCACCGGUCGCAGCAGCACGGGGGGCAGCAGAGGGGCGGGGCAGGCGGCAGCGAGGGCGGGCAGGGGAGGAGUCCCGGCGAUGGCGGCAUGGGCCCGUGCACCGACUCGUCGCCCUCCGUGUGGGCCUCUAACUCCACCCCGCCCCACCACGCCCACGCGCACGCACCCAGGCACACCGCCAGCGGCCACGGUGGGCACGGGCACACGCCUCAAAAGGAGGCGCAGAGGAGGGCGAGCGACGUGCAGAAUGGCGCACAUGGCGUGGUGUUGGCAGCGGACGAGCAGCAGCGAGGCAACAACGCCCGCUACUCCACUCCCCAGCUCCCACGCAGCCCCCCUAGUGCUGCCGCCGCUGCUGCUGCAGGCAUUCCUAGGCCUUUCGGCUUGCCUGCCAGUCCCACGGACAAGCGUCCUGGCGGUGGUGCUGGCGGCGCUGCUGUGAAUGCUGCCACUGCCGUGGCCGGUGCUGGUGCUGCCGCUGCUGUCUCGAAGCAGGAGAAAUGGAGACUGCCCCGUGAGAGAGGGCGCACGGGACAUGCACAGGCGCACGAGCAUGCACACGCACCGGCGCACAACCAUGGCCACGGGCAUGGGCAAGCUCAUGCGGAGCGCAGAGGGCUCAACGCGAGUGGCGCAGCGGCGGCAGCAGCAGCGGGCGCGGCGGCGGCGGACAAGAGGGAGCAGUCGAACCUGAUCCGCAAGCUGCGCUCGCUCGAGAAGUUCAAAGUCCGCCACGCCACCGCUGCCCUCACCUCCGCCACUGCCGCCGCCAGCGCCACUGGCGCUGCGACUGCGGCGGCUGACGAAGCGAGCGCGAAAAUGAGCGCGUGCGGGCCCGGCAUGGGCGGAGAAGGAGCGGGCUCGGGCGGAGGGGAGGGCAGUGGCGGGGAAGGGAACGAGGGGGCCACUGAGGGGCUGGGCGGAGGAGGAGAGGGGAGAGUUGCUGGUGUGGAAGGCGAUGGGACGAAAGCAGGGGGAGGCGAGGGAGCAGGAGGGAAGGAGGGCGUGGAAAUGGCGGGGGAAAACGAGGGGCCGCGGAGAAAGCGCCUGCGCGGACACUCGGUCAGUGGCAGCAACACACCGCCUCCCACUACGAGACAAACUCUGCCCUCCGGAGACACGCCUGUGCCGGCCGAAGGUGGUGCAGGGGAGGCAGCAGCGGCGGGAGAGGGAGCAGAGCAGCAAGGCGAGGUGCGCGCCACCCCAUCGUCUUCAGGCAGUCGCGGGCAGAACGGCAACGGCGGGGGCAGUGGCAGCGGCACCAAGCACGAGGGUGGGGGCGGGCCCGAGGGCUCAGGGGAGAAUGGGCCUAGCUCCAACUCGUCUGAGUGCGGCAACGAGGCGGGCAGGGAGCGGCUGGGCGGGUCCAGUGACGGCGGCACGAGCGAGCGCGAGGCGUGCAAGCGGCGCGAGCGAGACGUGUCUGAGGAGGGUGCCACUGCCAAGAGCGCCGUGAAACGACUCCCUGGCGGUGAGGCUGGCGGGGAGAGUGAUGGGAAGGACGUGGAGGGGAAGGAGCAGGAGGUGAAUGCGGAACGUGGCGAGGAGGAGGAGGAGAAGGAAGACGAGAACAAUGAAGAGGCAGGUGCUGGUGGGCAAGCCAUGGAGGCGGAGAGAGUCGCGGAGGAGGGGAAGGCGAAUGAGAUGGAGCGAGGUGUUGCGGUUGAGGAGAGGAGCGCCAAGCGGAGGAAGGUGGUGGCAGCGGGUGCAGGCGAGGAGGGGUGCUCGCGAGUGGUGGGCGGGGCACCUCAGGGCAGCAGUGCACCCACUGCAGGCAGCAGGUCACACACGCCCCUCAGCCUCUCCACCCCGCACGCCCUGCUGCUGGGGCUGGACGCCCGCCAUGCAGGCACGCGUGCCGAGGGCCAGCAGCACAAGGAGGGCGGCGGCGACACCAACACUGCUGACGGGCUGGAGCAACUGCAGCUGCUGGGGAAGAAGCGCAUUGGGGUGGUCAGAGGAGUGAGUGGUGGUGCGCGCAAGGGCGAGGAGGGCGAGGAGGGGUCAGCGAAUGAAGCGAGAGGCAGUGCUGCUCGGCCUGGGCGCACGGAAACGUCUCAAGUGGUGGGCGCCGGGCGCCGCGAGCUGAGAGGCGACGGCCAGUCCGUCUUUCGACCGCUGCCCAUCCUCCCCCCCAAGGUGACGCCCCCACAUGCCCCUCCUCGCCUCCUCCCCCCUCCCCCCUCCAAACCUGUGGCCCCACGUGCGUGUGGGGUCGCGCAGGGGGAAGGCCCUCAGUUGGUUGCUGCUGCUGCUGGCGUUGCCGCUGGUGGCGGUGGCGGUGAUGAUGGUGGUGGUGAGGCCGUGAAGGGUCAGGAGGGAGAGGAGGCACGUGCGGUGGUGAGAGUGGAAGCGGAGGUGGGAGGGCAGAAGGAGCAGGGCGAGAUGAGACAGCAGCGGAGAGGCAAGGAGAAGCGGGCAUCGAGUGGUGGGGAGGCGGUGCGACAGGAGAGUCGCAAGCAUGGGAGGGACGAGAGUAGGGAGGGAGAGGAGUGGAUGACUGACAGGAAGCAGCAGCAUGUGCACCAGCACCAACACCAACACCAGCAGCAGCAGCCGGCGAGCAGCAGCGGCGCGGCGUCGCUGCUAGCAGGCAUGCGCAUCGUGGGUCCAUCUCUGCCCAUGCCGUCAUCCCCCACGGGUGACCCAUCGUCCAGCAACAGUGGGGGAGCGGGAGUGCACCACCACUUCCACUACCACUACCACAGCGCUGGCAGCAGCGCUAAGCACCGGCCCUCCUCUUCCACCAAGCAACCCACCACUACUGCCGCCGCCGCUGCUGCUGCCAUCGCAGCUGCUGCUAAGGUUGAAGCCGUUGCCUCUGCUGCUGCCCCUCCUGCCGCCCUUAGCGCUCCCUCAGGCCCGGAAACCCCGAGCCUGAGGUCUGGAGAGGGUGGGGAGGGGUAUGGGGGGAUGGUGCAGUGCAGCAAGGGGGAGAGCAGUGACGGUGGGGAGGGGGAGGGGAAGGAGGGGGCGGGUGGAGGAAGGGGUGGGGAGAGCGGUGGUGGCGAGGACAAUGCGAUGGCUGAUGAGGAGAGAAAGACAGCUGCCUUGCUGCAGGCUGACGCACGGCACCCAUGGAACACGGAGAGUGUUGCGGGCAUGGAGCGGCAGUGCAGAGAGCAAGGGCCCGGUGAUAUCACGGAGCGGUUAAUGCGCAGUGUGGGUGGUGACGGGGCAGGCAAGCACAGCGACCGGCACCGGGCGCGGCAGUACGAGCACAAGCAGCAGAGCGCUCACCGCUUCCACCCGUACAGCCCUCACAAGGAGCGCUCCGAGCAGCGCAGCGCCCCCGCCUUUGGCGCCACUGCUGCUGGCCUGCCCCCCACAGAGGCCAACGUUGACAUGGGCGAGGGUGAGGCCAAGCAGAUUCAGCAAGCCUGA